AUGUACACUUCAGCUUCUCUCUCACAGAACAUAGAAGUAUCCCAGAUCCCUGAAGUGAAUGUCAUAGAGGGCAGCACAGCCAACCUAGAGUGUAGCUACAACAUGAGCAACUUGGAUCUACCCACUGGCGGGUACAGAUGGUACAGACAUGUACUGCAUGGGGUUGAUAUCUUUGACAGUGAUGAUUUUAAAAACAGAAUUAUUAAUGAAAGUACAGAAGAUUCCCUCAACAAGAGAUCAGCCAGCAUACAGCUGCACAAUGUAACAGUCACAGACACUGGAAUGUAUUUCUGUGAAGUUGAGUUUUCUGGCCAGAAGCAAAUUAAAGGACACGGUAACGGAACUUUCCUCAAUGUGACAGCCAGUACUUCACGCAGAUACUUUACCAUUUAUCAUUGUGUUGGAGCAGUCGCCCUGGGUUUACUCAUGUCAUUUGCACUUUAUCUGAAUUGCAAACAACAUAAUCAGGUAAUUAAAGGAGAAGAAAUAAAUUGUGCCUACAAGAAGCAGAGAUGUACAGACAAGGAUCCCACUGACUGUUGUACAGAACAACAUGGAGAGGAAAGUGUAUUCAGCAUUGUUAAUGAUUGUUAAGGAACC